AUGAGUGGACCAACCAAAACACAGAGUAUUCUAGACAAUGCACAUAUAUCGCCUGAAAUAUUUGAGCUGCGCCCGGAUUAUCGGGCCCUCCUAGUACAAGCCGAGGGCAUCCCUCCAGGGCCCAGCGACGCAGCCAGUGAGGCCAUGUUGAGGGAUGCAGAGGAGCACGUCAAGGCUCUCACAUCAACCAAAUCCGUCACUGAGCUCCCCCAUAUCGCAGCUUGGCGAGAAGCUUACAAGGCCUUCGGCGCCAAGCACCAGCGCACCCGCAAUAGCCUGGAAGCCCUGACACUCCGUGUUGAUAAGGGCGGCCUACCGCGCGUCAACCGAUUGACAGACAUUUAUAACGCCAUUUCUGUCAAGCAUAAUCUGGACAAGUAUGAUGGAGCGCCCUUCUUGAUCCGCGCUACUGGCAAGGAAGAAUUUCACACUACGGCUAGUGGACAGCCCUCGAUAGAGCUAGCAGCCCCUGGGGAACCAAUAUGGUGUGACAGUACUGGUAUUACUUGUCGUAGAUGGAAUUGGCGACAAGGUCCGCGGACUGUAUUAACGGACGAGACUACUCGCGUCCUCUUUAUCUUAGAUGCUCUGAAGCCAUUGUCAGACGAAGAGCUUGUUACGGCUGCUGAGGAACUCUGCAGUGCGCUCAAGGCACUAUCUCCAUCAGUGGAGACAUCUUAUCGAGUUCUCAGCGGUCCUGUAUAG